CAACCGGUACAGCAGCAGCGACUGGUGGGUAUGGAGGGUGUCAAACAUGCUUCGCUACGGAAAUAAAUAACGGGACUGGGACGAUAAACCAAAAAGGAGGAAGCCUCAAAACACGACAAAAAGAGGAAGCGGAUAUUUCGAGAGUCAAGAAACUGGGUUUAAGCAGUGCCACACGUUUCAGUGUUGAUGUUGGUAUUUGACCACGAAUACCUGCCGAAAAUAGUCCCGACAUCCUUUUUUGAGGCUCCUGUGUCCUGUGUGACCCCCUGACACAGAGAGGAUGGUGAUGGAGGAGGGGGGGCAGAGAGACAUAGGGAGGGGGACAGCAGAAGUAGAGGGGAGACAGAUCUUCGUAGAGCUUGGGGAGCAGAAUUUGGAUGCCAUUUGUCUCUCUACAUAUCGAACAGCCUGCAAGCUCAGAUUUAUACAGAAGAGAUGCAACUUGCAUCUUAUCGACAUAUACAAUGUGAUUGAGGCGGUGCGGGAUGCUGGUCUGAACGCUGUAGAGCUGAACGCCGGCAUCUCUGUGACCAGACUUGAGAACUUGGUGUCCUCCCUGUUCAAUGCACUGAGCAAGCGUCUGCCCACCACACACACUAUCAACCCGCGAGAAAGCACCGUCCUGUUAGUGGAAUUUAUACUGGCCGCCAUUGACAGUGAGCCUGACAGCCGUCUAACGGUGCUGUCUGUGAAGGCGAUGCUGGCCAUACUGUGUGGAGGAAAACUGGUAGAUAAACUCCGCUAUGUGUUUUCUCAGGUAUCUGACUCUUCUGGCGUGUUGGUACAAUCCAAAUUUGAUGCUUUUCUGAGGGAGGCUUUGAAGUUGCCCACUGCUGCACAUGAAGGACCAUCCUUUGGCUACACACACACCUUAGCCCGCUCAUGCUUCCCACAACAGAAGAGGGUGAUGCUCAACAUGUUCCUGGGUAUCGUUGCUGACCCUCCUCAGUGUCUUGUUUGGCUGCCUCUCAUGCAUCGCAUGGCCAACGUGGAGCAUGUCUGUCAUCCUGUGACAUGCUCCUACUGUCGUGCCAACGGCAUGACUGGCUUCCGCUAUCGCUGCCUUCGUUGCCGCGGUUACCAGCUCUGCCAGAACUGCUUCUGGCGUGGCAAUGCCAGCGGCUCUCAUAGCAACCAGCAUCAGAUGAAGGAGCACUCAUCUUGGAAGUCGCCAGCGACAAAGCUUGGCCGAGCCCUGAGCAGGACUCUGGGCUGUGCGUCCAGAGAGCCCCCUCAUCCUUUGUACCCAGAGGAACCUGAGAGGACCCUCAACCUCUCCAACAUAGUCCCCCCUCGCCCCAUUGGGAACACCAGUGAAGCCAUGUUGCUGUCCUCAUCAGUGCCCGAGUCCUCCAAGAGUUUGUCAGCUGCUCAGCGUAUGAACGAGGAACACGCUCUGAUCGCUGCGUAUGUGAAUCGCCUCCAGACCAGCCCAAGCAGUGUGGACAGUCCCAGAAGAGAAGAUGAGGAGCACAAACUGAUCGCCCGCUACACCUCUCGACUGGCAGAGACUGACGGCACACCAGUGAUACCUAACCGGAGCAUCAACUUUGAUGUGAACAAACAGAAGAGGGAGCUCAUUGCUCAGCUGGAGUGCAAAAACAGAGAGAUCUUGGCAGAGAUCAAACGUCUUCGUGUAGAGCAUGAUGCAGCGUGCCAGGCCAGCCCAGAGAAAGGCAGCACCAACCCGACUCUGCUGGCCGAGCUUCGCCUGCUCAGACAAAGGAAAGAUGAGCUGGAGCAGAGGAUGUCGUCUCUGCAAGAGAGCAGGAGGGAACUGAUGGUGCAGCUGGAGGGACUGAUGAAGCUGCUCAAGGAUGAGGAACAGCGUCAGGCAGCACAGGCGGCUGGCUCUUCUCACGUUUCUCCUGCACGACCAAGCCCAUCAACUGUCCGCUCUGUAGGUGCUGCGCCUCCACAGGCUCACAUGUACCCUCCUCAAGAUUCACUCGCUGGGGUGGGUGGUGACGUGCAAGAAGCAUUUGCCCAAGGCCCGAGAAGGAACCUGAGGAAUGACCUGCUGGUAGCAGCAGACUCCAUCACCAACACUGUGUCCUCACUGGUCAAAGAGCUCCAUUCUGAUGAUGUUCGGGAGGAAGAGGAGAGAUUGCUGAACGGAAAGGACAGAGUCGCUCAGGAUCACAUAAUGAGCAGGUUAAAAGGACCGCAGGACGAACAAAAACAGCAGAGUGAUGUUUAAUCACGGCCAAAGAAGACUGACCCUGCUGGGAUUCACAUAUUUAACUUCUUGUUGUCGUUAGCCAGUGGGGAUUAGAGCUCCCCUGCAAAUCAACCAAUCACGAUGCUGGACACCAAACGACCACUGGGUCCCUACUGAUGUAUAGCUGUGAUUCUGUGUGUGUGUGUGUGUGUGUGUGUGUGUGUGUAUCUUGUCACUGUGGAUUUACUUUUGUUUGAUUUGAUCAUGCAUAGCUAAACGAGGAAUCCAAAAUCUACUGAUAUGUACUGUAGCGCUUGUUUGUGUGCUCUGCGUUUUCGAGGGUUAAGUAAGUGAGAGGGAUACUGUGAAGAGACAGAAAGACAGGUUUAGGAAAUUUGUGAAGGAUUAAAAGUGCAGGAAAGUUUCAUGAUGGUGAUACAGGAAGUGACAACAGGGGAUAGAAAAAGUGGAAAAACAAAAGGAAGUCAAAAAAGAUGAGAGGUACGUUGUAAAGUUUUAAGUUUCAGCACUGUGUGCUUAGUAUUUAUUGCUUUGAUUUGAAUUUUUUGCAUUUAUUCAUUUAGUUUGAGUGUUUAUGUGUAUGUAAGUGUGGUCCAGCCCUGCUGAGACGAUAAGCUUUAAUGGGACGUUUCCUGCUGUAUCAAGCCCAGCCCAGGGCAGGGUGGAAAGCUGUUGUCCCGGUCCUGGUCCCAGUUGUCUGAGACCUGGAAGACAUUAGUGCCAGGGGUGCUGGUAUGAUAGCAGCUCAGGUUGUCCAAGCCUCUCUGUGUGUCUCGGUACUGCAGUGGGACUACAGUCAAAGAGGAGGUAUCUGAUUACUUUCUGUGUGUGUGUGUGUGUGUGUGUGUGUGUGUGUGUGUGUGUGAGAGUGAGUGAGUGAGUGAGAGAGAGAGAGAACGAGAGAGAAAAUAUAAAACCAUUUGCUUCAACAGUGUAGCAAUAGAGUAGCAAAGUGGGUGGAGAAGUGGGCUCUGGAAGUGUUUAUCCCCGACAAAUGUUCUUUCAAACAGACUCAGCUUUUCCCAACCUGAGUGUGAGGCGUCACAUAAUUGAAGAAUUAAGGAAGUAAGUAAGUUUAUUUUUUUUGGAAUUAUCCUGCUUUUUCUUGUGAAACGUGUAAUACUAACACCUCACCAGGACUCAAAAAAUCAUUCUUGAUUUGGUUGAAUUGCUCACAACUCAUGUCCACAUAAAUGUUGUGUGUGACCAAUUAUUUAUUGCAUUUUAUUAGAAAUGUAUCUGAAGAAAUCAUUUUAAAAAAGACCAUUAUUUUCCAACAAGACCA